AUGCUGAGGACGCUUGCAGAAAGCAGCAGCGAGUUCCGCCGGCUGAGCGAACACGUGGUAAAGACAGGCGCUGUUCCAUCCCGAGAUCGCUUCGGCAGCGGCGAGCGUGCGGUGCAAAAGGCACUGCGUGUUGUUCGCAUAGAGCGGGUGUUGAUUUCAGACGCUGAGACGAAAUAUCGUGACCAACGAAUGAAAAUGUUCGAACAUCGAGGCGCCUUUCAAUCCGAAUUGCAGGACUGCUGUGCACUGCGGCCAGACUUGUCUUAUGAUUUAGAUAUUGGUCUGCAUGAGCUCCUGCUCUAUCACGGUUGCAGAAGAGGGAGUAUUGAUGGAAUUCUCAGUGAGGGCUUUGACCCUUCCCGAUCUGGAGAGCGCUCCGGUCAAUUCUUUGGAUGUGGUACAUACUUUGCCGACAUUGCUGCAAAGGCGGACACGUAUGUAGACUCAGCUGCUGAUGGUAUGAAAUGCGUCGUUGUUGCGCAGGUUUGCCUUGGGAAGGCAUUGAAAGCUUUCCGUGCAAUGCCGCGGUUCCAUCCAAGUUGCAGCGAAGGCGACGACGAGCGCCCUGCAUUCGAUUCUGUGGUCGGGGAAGACACCGAGCAUGGAGGCAUUCUGGAUCACAGGGAGUACGUGAUAUACAAUGGCGCUCAAGCCAUGCCACGCUACCUUGUCUGGUACCAGCACUGCGAGGACUGCAGAUGUUUUCGGUGCAGGUCAGCCUCAUGCGCCUUCAGGCCGUCAGCUGCCCUGCCACCGCUGCCACCGCUGAAAAUGUUGCAGUCUCCCGGCGUUUCUCUGCGUGCAGACGCGGAGACCGCAGCUCCGAGCACGCAGCGAGCGUGCAGCGCCCGAGGCGCCUCGCAACGGGCGGAGAUGGCCCCCCAAAGACGGUUCAGUCCAAGAGCGACGAGCUGGGAGCGACCUCAGAAGCCAAGAAAAGGCACGGCGUCUAAACUAAGCCUUGGUGAUAGGAUUGUUCUAUAG